GUUGUCCCUCGGUCAUCCCAGGACUCUCGUUCUCUCUCCCACUGAUGUGUCGAGGCGUGCCAGUGUGUUCAUGUGAUGCAGGAAGGAUGUGUCUCUCCUAAAAGAGUUUGCAUCGAGCCAAACUGAAUCACUUCUGAGUCUGACACCGUUCAGCACUCGGAUAUUCCCCCUUUCGCUUUGCAGUUACAUCGGGUGAAAGGGAAGAAAGGGAAGAAACCGAAGAGAACGAGAGAAGGAUUGUGAAAUGGGAGCUACGGCAUCAUCCGCGCAACGGGACAGCAGAUGUGAGGAGGACGCAGCGGCGGAGGAGCUCACUGCAGCGGCGAGCGAUGCUCAGGAUGACGGCAGUGCUGAUGACAAGUUAUUGCAGAUCUCCAGUUUGAAUGUAAAGACAAGGAACCAUGCAGAUGAAUUAAAUGGCAACUUUGAGGAGAGAGUACUUGCAGAUGUUGGCUCAGGGUUUGUUACUCUGAAAGAAGAUGGCACAGAAACAACUGAAGACCUCCAGGAAAUGGAUGCUCUUCAACCAGUCACAAAGAUUGAGAGCACAGAGAUGGUUAAUGCAGAUAGUAUGACUGUGAAGGAGGAAACUGUGGAGGACAACCAAGUGAAUGAUAUCAAUGAAGUUGGCUUCAAAAAAAUCUUCAGAUUUGUUGGAUUUAAGUUUACCCUAAAAAAAGACUCAUGUGAAAAGACUGCAUCAGAUGAAGAAGAAGAAAAAAUCACAAGUCCCUCAGAGGACUCCAGUGACACCCAGGAGAACAGUGCAGUGGCAGCAAAUGAAAACACACCUGAUGAGACUCGAAAAAGUGAGGUGUCUUCCCAGCCUGAUGCAGCUGAACCCUCUCAACAAACAGACAAUGAAAAAGAGCUGGAUCAGGACAUAAAGAUAGUGGAACAUCAUGUGGAGGACACACCUGAGAAAGAACUGGAAAAAGAAGGAAGUCCUGAGCCGGAGGAACCGAUGUCACCAAUCAAGCAAUUCUUUACACAAGGACUCUUUGCCAGUUUAAGAAAGAAAAAGAAAGAAGAGGAAAUGCAAAAAGAGAGUAAGGAAGAGGAACUCAAAAGAAUUGAGAGAAUGGGUGUAGAAGAGGCCGAAAAAGAGGACAGUAAAUAUAUAUGCCUUGAUAUCCCUUAUAUUACAUCAGAGGAAGAAAAAGAUUCACAGGAGAAAGACAAUGACAAGUUGUUACCUGAACGAGAGCUUCAGAAUUCUCUAGGGAAAGAUAAGGUACAAGGAAGUCCACUUAAAAGACUUUUCAGGAAAUUUUCCACAAGAAGGCAGUGAGAAAGUAAAGCUGCAGAAAAGGUGAUUGAGGCAGAGGAACAAGUAACUGAACAUCCGAAACCAUCCUCGGAAUUGACAGAGCUCGCAAAAGUGGAGGAACCAGUGGUUGGGGAACCAAAACCUGCUGAAGAGGAGCUGGUGGCUGAUGUAAGCCCUCAAGAGUCCAAAAAGAAAUCUGACACCACCGUUUCCUGGGAGGCACUGAUUUGUGGUGGUUCUGCUAAAAAAAGAGCUAGAAAAACAAAUGAGGAUGAAACGCCAGACAAAGGAGAGGAAUAUGAGAAAACAACUGACUCUCCACUGGGAAGUUCCAUUGAGGGCGAUUAUGAUCAUCUCACAUCAUCUAAUGAACAAACUGGAAGUCCUGCAGAGGGAGAGAUGGGAUCCACAUGGAAAACGUUUAAAAAAAUGUUCACCCCGAAGAGAAAGGUCAGAACUGGAGAAAGUAGUACCCCUGAGCAGAUACCUUCAGACAGUGAGAUGAACAAAGACGAACCAUUUUCUAUGAAGAAACUCAUUCCAGGGCAUAAAAAGAGAAAAUCAGAUGAAAGGAAAGACCAGAUAUCCUCCGAUCAGGCUGCAAAGGAUCAUGAAACAGGUGAUGAAGAUGAUGAAACCCCAGCUAUUAUUCCUCUGUCUGAGUAUGAAAUAAUUGAGCCUGAAAGUCUGAAGGAGGUGCAUGAGCAACGAGUUGAAAUCACAAUAGAGCAUGAGAUGCCAGAGAUGACUUCACAAGUGUUAGAACAGGACACAUCUAAUAACUUGGUGCCCAAAAUUGCAGCUAAAGUUCCAAUUAACACUGGACCAACAGUCAUACAUGGAUUAUCAGAAGACUUUGAAGAACUUACAGACUUUGUGAGCAAACAUCAGCAACUGAGUGAUAUUCCAGAAGAAGGCAUCAAUGAGGAAAGCAUUGAAACACCAAUAUCAUCUGCUGAGUGGACAACACAGGAUGACACCUUAGCCGAGGACAUUGUGGAGUUGACAGCAGAACCAUCAAGUGAACAAUUUAUUGGGGAUGACACUACUGAAAUGGUCUCGGCAGUCUCGCAACUAACCGAUUCACCCAGGUCAUCUGGGCAUGUUACACCAGUGUCAGCUGAAUAUGGCAUACAAACAUCAGAUGUGAUCCUACAGGAAGCUAUUCAAUCUAUCUGCAUGACUCCAAGUGUUCAGUCAGUUACUACAAAAGAUGAAAGCCAAGAAUCUCUGGCCGUGUCAUUUUCACCUUAUAUUGUACAGUCCUCCACAACAGAGGAAACAAAGGUUUUGGUUGCACAUAAGAAAACUGAGGCAACAGCAAUAUGUACAGGCCUAGAAUCUCAAGAAAUAGAAUAUGUUGAUGAACAUCUCCCGGCACCCUUAGUGGAGGCAAUACCUGAAGUAAGUGAUGCUGCCCCAACUGAAUUAGUCUCUGAUAACUUUACAAAUGAAACUGAAAUUGCAGGACUUUGGACAGAUGAGGUCUAUGAGGCUGAAAUUAAGGAACUAAAGACUGAGUAUCAGGAAGUAAUUGUAAAUGAAAAGGAAUCUGCCAUUGAAACUGAGCUAAGUGUAGAGCAAGUUAUUCAAUUAGUGGCAGAGCCUCUUGUGGGAGGAUCAGAGGAGACUGAUAUGGAGGAACAAAGAGAGGAAUGUACAACUGGUAUUGAACUCAGACAGGUGAUUGAGACAAUGCAAAGUGAAGCUGGGCUGGAACAGGUUAUGUCAGACUACACCCAUGGUCCUGAAACAGAGUGUCCACUGCAUUCAGUGUUAGAGGAACCUGUAUAUGAACAACCAGUAGCUGCUGAACCUGAAAAAGAGCUCACGCUUUCAGAUGUUGAAUUGUCCGUUGCUGAGUAUGAUCAACCUGCAUCCACUGAAGUAGUUGAGUCUUUGACACAUGGUGAUAUAGACAGCAGUCCUGGCACUACCACAAGUAAAGAAGUCAAAGAAAUAGAAAUUAAUGCUUCUGCUGUGGAGUGUCUGGAAAUCACAGCGACUGAUAGUAUUAUAAGUCCAAUUUCAGAUCACAUACAGGCAGAGACACUGGAAUUAGAAGGGAGUUUAAAAUUAGAAGCAGUUGAAUCAAUACAUGUUGAUGCCUGUGAAAUACAAGUUGACGUAAAAGAUGCAGUCUUAUUAGCAGGUGAUUCAGUGGUGACUGUGGAGGACAUCAGUGGGAAAAUGGAAGAAAAAGAUUAUGAAAAAAUGGCACAGCAGGACAUUAAGGAAAUACAUGUAGAAGAAGAGACAGGGGAUGUUAUUGCUUCAGAAGUCGUUAAAAAUAUUGAGGUUGAAAAUAUUUCAGAAGCUGGAGAUAAAUCAUUAGCCAGAGAACAGCUGCCAGCCAAGGAGGUGUCUCUUCCAGAACCAGUAUUAGUUGAAGAGGCUGAAGAGCUCCAUAAAGAAGACAUUAAAAUACAUUUGGAUGAUAAAGUGGAAGACAGUGCAACUGACAGAACGGAUGGGAUUUUUGUGAAAGAGGAAGAGGAACAUGCAGUGAAGGAAGGGCGACCUCUGACAAACACUGACAGCAAUGAAACUCCUACUGAUAAAUCUCCUGAAAUAAUUGUUGAUGCAGGAAGUGAAAUUGGAGACAUGGUUUAUAAAAUAAGAGAACACACAGUUGUUUCUGCACUUUCAAAGGAUGUAUCUGAGCACACAGAAACACCAGAAGAGCCUGACACUAGUUCUGAAGUCAUACUAAAACCUCUAGAGAUAGUAUUGCCAAAAGUUGAAGCAAAACCUGUAGCAACAGAAAUUGUGGUUUCUCAAACAGAAGACUGGGGUCAAGACACCAAACCAAGUCCAGAACUUCCCAAAGAGAAUGCACAACCAGCGACAACGGAGAAUAUUAAGACUGGUAAAGUUUUAGAGAUGGUUGCCAUUAUUGAGAACACAACAAAACAAUCUGGGAAAGAGAAGCCUAUGGUGUCUGAACCAGUAACACAGGUACUUGCAAAAUCUAAACUACCAAAAGCAACAGAACAAGAGGGUGAAGCAAUAGGUGGUGACCAGGCCCCAGCAAUGACAUCGUCAGAAAUGAAAGAAACAGCAGUUCCAGAAGAAAAAGAUACAAUGGCUGUUGCUCCCAAACCAGAACCAGAAGGGUUUGAUUCAGGGCCGGCUAUGAUUGAAGUGCCUACAAUCACAGAGCUGGCACAAAAUUAUACUGCUGCAGAAAUAGAGGUUAGUAAUAUGAGUGAAAAGAAGAAUGAAGAAGAUGAAAAUGCUAGUCUAAAAUGUGAACCUCAUGAACAGGUAACAGAAAAGAUACUGUCAAAUGAGUUGCAGGUAGACAAGACAGAAAUUAAAGAUGAAAUAACUGCAGUAAUGGAAAUAACACCCACUGCACAAGAAUCACCACUGACCUCUGAAGUUGCAGCAAAAAUGCCAGAAGUUGCUGUUUCUGAGAUACAGUCACAAGUAGUGAGUGAACUCAGGGCUGAGACACUUGAAGUGACAGAACCAAAGGUAGAAAUUCCAGUGGCAUCAGAAGUGAAAGUAGAGACAGCUGUAGUAACUGAACUGGAAGUGGAGACACCAGUUGUCACCUCAGUGGUUAAAGAACUUGAAGUAGAAACACCAGUGGUUACAUCUAUGGCAAAAACAACUGAUACUCAUAAUUCUGCUCUUACAUCACAAAAUCAAAACAUAGACUCUGACACAACAGUGUUAACAACAGUGAUCAAAGAACAAGUGAUGGAGAUUCCCACUGUUAUUUCUGUGGUAGUGACACCAGCUACACCUUUAGAUGAAGUAACGCCAAUUGUAACUCUAGGCAACGAGUCAAAGGAUGUAUCUCCUGUAAAAGACACACCUGUCGAAACACCAAAUGUCGAAUCAGUGAUUGUGAGGACUGCUGUGGCCCCAGUAGUAGAGAUACAGAAUGUGAUUCCAGUGGUAGCAACACCAGAUAUUGGUUCAGUAAUAGUAACAGAAGCUGCAUCUCUAGUGGUAAGUACAGGAACAGUGACUACUACACUAGCAGAAGCACCAGUUGUUAGCACAGUUGUAGAAACACCUGUUUUUUCUGUCACAGCAGUAAAAUCAACUCCAGCUGCAGUAGAGAAAACAGUUGUGUCCCCUGUAGUAGAGAUCCCAGCCACAGUAACAUCUGUUGUGGAGACUCCAGCUGUUGUUUCAGUUGACGAGACUGUACCUCCAGAAGAGGUUACACUAGAUGUGACCUCAUUUGCAGAAACACCUGUGAGACAAGUAAUUGAAACUCCCAUUGUCUCCAUCACAUCAGUAAAACCAACUGUAGCUGAAGUGGCAAAGACACCAGACACUGCUAUGAUUUCAAUGACAGUGGCAGAAGCUGUAUCUCCUGUAGUAGUUACAUCAGCUGGAACUCCAAUAGCAUCAGAAACAGUUAUGAUCCCAGAAGUAAAAACCUCAGUAGUAACUUCAGUUGCUGAGACAUCACUUGUGACACCAGUGGUAGAAACACCAGCUCAGAUUUCAGUAAUUGCAACACAUGCAGCACCUCCAGUUACACCAGCAGCAACUGCAGUAUCAGAAACAUCAGCUGUGAUCCCAGCUGUAGAAACUGCUGUUGUUGCAGUUCCAGUUGCAGUGGUUGAGACACCAGUUGUGACCCAAGUGGUACAGACACCAGGUCAGGUUUCAGUGAUGGUAACAGAGACUGUCCCUCCGGUAGUUGUUUCAGAAGAGACUGCAGCAGUAGAAACACCUGUUGAGUUCCCAGUAUUACAAACUCCUGUUGUAAAUUCAGCUUCGGUUGCAGUGGAUAAGACACCAGUUGUGACCCCAGUGGUACAGACACCAGGUAAGGUUUCAGUGAUGGUAACAGAGACUGCACCUCCAGUAGUUGUAUCAGUGGUGACUGCAGCAAUAGAGGCACCUGUUGUAAUUCCAGUAGUAGAAACUCCUGUUGUAAAGUCAACACCAGUUGCAGUGGUUAAGACACCAGUUGUGACCCCAGUAGUACAGACACCAGGUCAGGUUUCAGAGAUGGUAACAGACACUACACCUCCAGUAGUUGUUUCAGCAGUAACUGCAACAGUGGAAACACCUGUUAUGAUCCCAGUAGUAGAAGCACCAAUUGUAAAGUCAACUGCAGUUGCAGUGGUUGAGACACCAGCUGUGACCCCAGUGGUACAAACACCAGGUCAGGUUUCAGAGAUAGUAACAGAGACUGCACCUCCAGUAGUUGUUUCAGCAGUGGGUGCAACAGUAGAAACACCUGUUAUGAUCCCAGUAGUAGAAACAACAGAAGAAACACCUGUUAUGAUCCCAGUAGUGGAAGCGCCAGUUGUAAAGUCAACUGCAGUUGCAGUGGUUGAGACACCAGCUGUGACCCCAGUGGUACAGACACCAGGUCAGAUUUCAGUGAUGGUAACAGAGACUGCACCUCCAGUAGAUGUUUCUGCAGCAGCAGAAACACCUGUUGUGAUCCCAGUAGUAGAAACUCCCAUUGUAAAGUCAACUCCAGUUGCAGUGGUUAAGACACCAGUUGUGACCCCAGUGGUACAGACACCAGGUCAGGUUUCAGAGAUGGUAACAGACACUACACCUCCAGUAGUUGUUUCUGCAGUAACUGCAACAGAAGAAACACCUGUUAUGAUCCCAGUAGUAGAAGCGCCAGUUGUAAAGUCAACUGCAGUUGCAGUCGUUGAGACACCAGCUGUGACCCCAGUGGUACAGACACCAGGUCAGGUUUCAGAGAUAGUAACAGAGACUGCACCUCCAGUAGUUGUUUCAGCAGUGGGUGCAACAGUAGAAACACCUGUUAUGAUCCCAGUAGUAGAAAGUCCAGUAGUAAAGCCAGCUCCAGUUGCAGUGGUUGAGACACCAGUUUUGACUCCAGUGGCACAGACACCAUGUCAGGUUUUAGUGGCAGUACCAGAAGCUACUCCUCCAAUAGUUGUUUCAGCAGUGACUGCAGCAGCAGAAACACCUGUUGUGAUCCCAGUAGUGGAAACUCCAACUCCAGUUGUAGUGGCAGAGACACCAGUUGUAACGCCAGUGAUGAUGACACAAACUGUGACUCCAGUAGCGGAAAGGUCAGUUGUGAGCCUAGUACUAGAAACUACCACAGAAGCACCAACUGCAAUUGCAAUGGCAGAGAGACCUGUUAUGAUCCCAGUGGUACAGACACCAGCUCUAGUUUCAGUGAUUGCAAAAGAGGCUGCACCUCCAGUAGUUCUACCAGCAAUGACUGCAGGAGUAGAAGUAAAGACACCAGUGGUAGAGACACCAUUUUCAUUACCAGAAGUGCCUACUGCGAUCCCAGCAGUACAAACACCAGUUACAGAGCAGGUAGCACAGACACCGACGACACCAGCAAUGCUCUUGGUAAAGGCAACAUCAGUUGUAAAUGGGAUGGAGGCACCCACUGUGACUACAUUAGAAAAGGCACGACAGAAGACACCAGUAGCAGAGACACCUACUUUAUCCCCUGUGAUGAUGGCACCAGCUAUUGCCGCAGUUGUAGUAGCAACAGCUCCACCUGUUGCUACAGCAGAAGUAAAGAAAGCAAUGUUGCAGGUAGUUGAACAGGAGAAAAAGGAAGCAAAGUCAGAGGCUUCAGUUGUGUCUAAAGAUGUUGAACCACCAUUUGUGGCUGCGAAAGAGGUAAAGACAUCAGUUUUAACUCAAGAGUGUAUAUCAGAUGAAGAAAAUGGGAAGGCUUCCUUGCGGCAUACUUCAACAGAACCUCAGUCAGAGGUAGAGGAGGAUGUGUGGGAGGAUGCUGUAGAUAAUAUUGGAGAUUCCCCGUGUCAGGUGACACACACAGAGGAUGCACCCCAAGAUACUGCUGCUAAACAAACAUCUGAUGCUGCAAUUUGAUAGUGGCAUGCUAAACCAGAUGAAAGAUUUGAGUUGGUGCAAGUUUAACAAGGAAAAUUCAGAACAUUUUACACCUGGAAGAGGCUGUGCUCAGCACAAAAUCAGCUGGGAUUCACAUUUCUGACAACAAAGAAAUGACCAAACCACUGAGAAGUAAAAUUGCAUCAAAGUUCCCUUAAGCAAAAGUGAAACCAAAAACAGUAGUUAUUCAGUGGAGAGGCUGUUUUUUGAUCAUUAACUACAUUUUUACAUUUUACUUUGAUGCAGAAAAUAUUUCAACAUAUAAAACCCUUCAAAAGCAGCUAUUUUGUCAUAUUUUUACUGAGGAUUUUUGUCAAUUAAUUGUUUUUAUCAUUAUUCAGACAUUAGCAUAAGCUUAUGCCACAUUAUAUCAUGUUGUUACAUAUCUAAAAAAAAACAAAAAAAAAACUUUUGUACACAUGCAUUAUAUCUUGACCAUUUGGCAUAUUUAGCAUAAGAAAAUGAUUGUCAUAGUAGAAUGUGCAAUUCCUGGUAUUUAAAGAUAUUUACUAAAUCAAGGGUAAUUUCAUUUUGAACCAUCAUAUACCUCUUGAUAUGCAUCAAGGAUAAAUUUAUUUUAUACUCUAAAUACGAUGUACAUUUUACCAAAGCUGUAAUGAGCAAAUCACAAUCAUGAGAGAUUUAGACAGUAUUCAGUCAGAUGUAGUCAAUGACUGAAAAUGACAGAUUGUUUAAUUUGUUUUUACAAAGAAGUCAAAAUCUUAUCAAACUCAUGAUUUAUUUUUGUUGCCAUGUCAUUGUUAUGAAUAUUUUUAUUUGUAAUUUACAAUUUUAAUUUAUAGAAACACCCAAUCUUAGAAAAUAUUUGUGGCUAUAUUUUUGGCAUGAAAAUUGAAGCAUGCAAUCUAAUGUUGCAACUACUGACUUUUCCCCAUAUAAGUUUUUUAUUUUUUCCCCAGAGAAGCACUUAACAUAUAUAAAUGUUCUAUGAGUAUCAAAUGAGUAUCAAACCACUCUGUACUGCAUAUGAUCAUUACACAGUUGAGCAUUUUUAAUAUUAUACAACCUGCCUUGCCUGUAUUACGGAGGUUUGCGUCUGGCCUGAUACAAUAAGCCAUGACAUGAUUGAAAACACAUUUUUUACUUAUUCUAAUAUAUUGCCAAGAAGUAUCCGAAACCACAUGUACAGACUGUUUGAUUAUACAGACUAUGCAUCUUUGAAGAAAUUGCAAUAUUAACAAUCAACUAAAUACAAGUGUAUUGUUGUUCCUGGAUUUUGCG